GACCUGCACUCCGCUGCAGUGAAAGCCGUAUAUACACAUAACAAUCAUGGCGGAGAAUGAAACCUUGGAGUGUAUAACGGAGCACGAGCGGAUUUUGCAGGAAAUUGAGAGCACCGACACGGCGUGUGUCGGUCCUACUCUCCGGUCUAUUUAUGAUGACCAGCCCAAUGCCCACAAGCGCUUCAUGGAGAAGCUGGAUGCCAGGAUAAGGAAUCAUGACCGUGAGAUUGAAAAGAUGUGUAAUUUCCACCACCAAGGCUUUGUGGAUGCCAUCACAGAGCUCCUCAAAGUCCGUGCUGAUGCAGAGAAGCUGAUGGGUCAAGUGACAGACACUAAUCGAAGACUACAAGAAGCUGGGAGGGAGGUGACAGCUCAGACAGAGGAGGUGAUUCGCUGUCGGAUCCAGCAGAGGAACAUGGCGACCACUGUGGAGAAGCUCCAGCUCUGUAUACCAGUACUAGAAAUGUACAGCAAAUUAAAGGAGCAACUGGAAUCCAAAAGAUACUAUGCUGCACUGAAAACCAUGGAGCAGCUAGAGAAGGUCUACAUCCCCAGGGUCAGUCAGUACAGGUUCUGUCAGAUCAUGGCUGAAAACCUGCCUAGACUGAGAGAGGAGAUCAAAGAGAUCUCCAUGUCAGACCUCAAAGACUUCCUGGAGAGCAUUCGAAAACACUCAGACAAGGUUGGAGAAACUGCCAUGAGACAGGCACAGCAGCACAGGACCUUUAACAGUGCAGUAGCAAAGCAGGCCAGUAUGGGCCACUACACCAAACCUGUGUACUCUCUCAAUGGACGAACACACACUCACACUCCCAAUGGCCUGUUAAUGGAUGAUGACACAGGAGACGAGGAAGAAGCUGACGAAGAGGUUCUUACAGCUCAGGACCUGGUGGACUUCUCACCUGUCUACAGGUGUCUGCACAUUUACACUGUACUGGGUGACCGAGAAACAUUUGAGAACUACUACAGGAAACAAAGGAAAAAACAAGCCCGACUUGUACUGCAGCCACAGGCCAACAUGCACGAGACAGUGGAAGGCUACAGGAAAUACUUCAAUCAGAUUGUAGGGUUCUUUGUUGUGGAAGACCACAUCCUCCAUGCCACGCGGGGGCUGGUGACCAGAGCUUUUACUGAUGAACUGUGGAACAUGGCGUUGUCCAAGAUCAUUGCUGUGCUUCGCACACACUCUUCAUACUGUGAUGACCCAGACCUGGUCCUGGAACUGAAGAAUCUUAUAGUUAUCUUCGCUGACACGCUACAGGGAUAUGGUUUCCCGGUGAACCGGCUUUUUGACUUGCUGUUUGAGGUUCGAGAUCAGUACAACGAAACACUGCUGAAGAAGUGGGCGCUGGUUUUCAGGGAGAUCUUUGAGUUGGACAAUUACAGUCCCAUCCCUGUGGACACAGAGGAGGAGUAUAAACUGGUUGUUAGCCGUUUUCCCUUCCACGAUGCUGAAAUAGAGAAGCAGGACUUUCCUAAGAAGCUGCCGAUGUCCCAGUCUGUCCCUCAGAUUUACACACAGGUCAAAGAGUUUAUUUACGCCAGCCUUAAGUUCUCAGAGUCACUACACCGCAGUUCAACAGAGAUCGAUGACAUGUUGCGAAAGUCAACCAACUUGCUGCUGACAAGAACUCUUAGCAGCUGUCUGCAAAACCUCAUCAAAAAACCUCACAUAGGACUGACCGAGCUGGUUCAGAUCAUCAUUAACACCACACACUUGGAGCAGGCCUGCAGGUAUCUGGAGGAGUUCAUUACAAACAUCACCAAUGUCUCCCCUGAAACCGUUCACACCACGAGACUCUAUGGCUUGUCCACAUUCAAGGAUGCUCGUCAUGCAGCAGAGGGAGAGAUUUAUACCAAACUGAACCAGAAGAUCGAUGAGUUCAUCCAGCUAGCAGACUAUGAAUGGGGCAUGGCUGAGUCAGACGGCCGUGCCUCAGGGUACCUCAUGGACUUGAUCAACUUCCUGCGGUCCACUUUCCAGGUCUUCACACACCUGCCGAAUAACAACAAUGACCAUGCAUCAAUGUCGGGAAAGGUGGCCCAGACUGCUUGCAUGUCAGCCUGUAAGCAUCUGUCCACAUCACUGAUGCAGAUGUUGCUGGACACAGAGCUCAAACAGAUCAGUAUGGGAGCCAUUCAGCAGUUCAACUUAGAUGUCAUUCAGUGUGAAUUGUUUGCCAGCUCAGAGCCAGUACCCGGCUUCCAGGGAGACACACUCCAGCUGGCCUUCAUUGACCUACGACAGCUCCUGGACCUGUUCAUGGUGUGGGACUGGUCAACUUACCUGGCAGACUACGGCCAACCAACUUCCAAAUACCUGAGAGUGAAUCCAGCCACUGCCCUGGCUCUGCUGGAGAAAGUCUACAGGGGGAUGAAGGAUACCAGUAAGAAGAACAACAUCUUCUCUCAGUUCAGGAAGAACGACAGAGACAAGCAGAAGCUGAUAGAGACUGUGGUCAAACAGCUGAGGAGCCUGGUCAACGGCAUGUCCUCCUAAGCACACACACACACACACACACACACACACACACACACACACACACACACACACACACACACACACACACACACACACACAGAGGGAGGAGUGAUGUAUGUGUCUCAAAGAGGUAUAUUGAGUGAAACCUGCAUGCAGUCACAUGCACACACUGAACUGCCAAGAAACCCACAGAGGAAAGACAUUUUGACACGUGUGAAGAAGCUGCAGCACACAACAUGGCAGUGACAUACAAGAACCACAAAGGGAGUUCUCUCACACACACACAGAAAGGCCAGAUAAACAGCUUACAUGCGCAUACUAGUUUCACACGACGGCACAGCAAUACACACACUGUUCAAGGCAUGCGGGGAUCUGACUCCUAGCAGUUACAACACACACAUGAAGUCAUAUCCUCUUGUUACCGUUAUAUCUGACUGAAUACUCGAUGUAAAUAACAAACAUGCUAAACAGUUUACCAAACUCCUCACAGGAAUAAACAAUAAAAUGUUUGUAAAGUAUUUUUAACGGCUAUGCUAAGACAAACUAUGUUUUGUACAUUUGUGAGAGGGCAAUGAUUGUAGCUGCAAUGGGGGACUGGUGCAGCACAGGAAGUACUGGGACAAUGAAAUCACCAUCUGAAAUGUUCAAAGGAUGAUGUGGAAAUGCAUUUUCUUGCCCUUCAUUCUUAAAUAAAGUGAGACAAAAUCAUUUAAAAAGCCACUGAUCAAGCUAUUCGUAAUACAAUAUCUAGUUGUAGUUGUGUCAGACAAAUGUCGUGUGGAUUUUAUGAAACUACGACAGCUUAAAGGAUAAAGUGUGGGCUAUAUUUAAAGAAUAGCAAACCCACCAGUUAUGCAUUUAUGGUGAAGACCAAACCAAGCCAGACAGACAGCCCUCACAGCUUAACAGAGCCAAUGGUUUCCCUAAAUGUGGGGGUCAGGGGUUCAGGUGUUUCUUUAAAUUUGUCAUCACUUGUCUACACACUGAAAAAAACUGUUUUCGACCCCUGGUAUUUCAACGUUUGUCAUUUAAAUAGGAUUCAAAAAACAGAUUAUUGUAAGCCGUUUCCUGACAACCUAAAGGAGGUCCGUACACGGUUUAAUGAAGACACUGUGUUAGCUUUUACUGCCUGCUCAUACUGGAAUUUACAGCUGUGGCGUUUGAUUUAGGUCGGAAUGCCAUUCACUUUGAUUAUGCAAAUUAACAUGCAGUGAGCUUCAUAAUCUACUUACAACUUGUUGAAAUUUGGCAUGCAGAUGUGCACUGUUCACCAGAGGCAAAUGUUCUUUACGCUGCUCUGCGCAGCUUCUCAUGUUAUCAACGGUUCGAUCAGGCAUUAGAAACAAGUGUGUGCUCUAAACGCAUUCCUUCUAGCAGCUGUUUUUGACUUGACGCUGAGGCUUGUUGGCUCCUCUACAGCCUAUGGUUACCCAUUACACCCUUCUUCUGUAAGAACCUGCAGCCACAUUUACAUUCAUCUUCAGGGAAUUCCAGCUCCGGCCUAAUAUUACAUCUUAGGCGUUUAAUGUAUUUUCUCCACAAUCUUGGUAACCAGUUAAGAACAAUACAACUUAAAUUUCAUAAUCAACUCAGUGAACUGUUUUCAGAUGGUUACUCUGACAUUAAAAUAUGCUGAAAAUGUAUCCAGUGGUGGCUCUGACAAAGCCCAAAUGAAAUCAUUGUCCCAGUACUUCAGCUGCUGUUACUGCGUAUGUUUGAGUGCAAAUAAAGGAGAUCCUGAGUAUACGGGUGGAUGGAAGAACAUGUGAAUGAAUGAUGACGUCCUCAAAGACUGAUGUUCAUGGGGAAAAAAAGUGACAUUUUGUUCAACUCCUUUGUGGUUUUGCUUGCUUUUUUGUUUAGUUUUGCUUUUCUGCCGCACAUUUAAGCCAACCUGCUUCGACAGUCUCACAGUGACAGAACACGAAGGAGCUCAACGUAGUAGCAUGUGAUGUUUAAAGAGGGCAGAAAUGAUGGGAGUCCUUUACAUCCAGACUGUAGUUAGAAUCUUUACAUGUUCCCUGCACAUGAGAAUGUAAAAAACGUGGGUGAAAAUCUGUAAAGUGGCUUGUUAAUUAUUUGACCUGCUGGACACACAACACUUUACACCAAAUAAUGCAAUCCUUUACACAAACAUCCAUGCAGAUGCCAGCCGGCUCAUUGCAGCUUGUUGUACUGCUCUGUAUUAGAUUGUGCAGGUGGACACAUCUGGAUUCAUUCAGAGAAGACUCCAGGGAGCUGGUGAUAAGUUUGGAUUGGAGUGUCAAAGUGAAAAAUGCAUAAAUAACCCUGGAAGAGAGGGUUUGCUUGUGAUGUGAUGUCACCGUAUGACAUCAUUUAUGUGAUCUGCGUAUGUUUAAUGUAAAUACAAGCAGAACACACUGAUCAGAAUGUAAGUGGAUCAGCUGGACCACCUCUGGAUGUGCACUCUGACCACAUCUGGAAACAUCUCUGUAAACCAAAUCCAUCUAACGAGUUGAAAAGGGAAUGGGGGGGGGACACGUGAGUCGCUUCUCUGUAAAGGAAGAAUAAUGAGAUGCAUGCAGCAGCGUCUCUUCAGGAGGCAGGAGUAGCUGUGUGUCAUUUAUCAUCUGCAGUCAGUCAGUGAGCGCGUGGUUAUCGUUUUACUGCGUUCACUGUGUGUGUGCAGUGUGAACUGUGUGACUUAUCCUAGAUAGAUUUUAGAGUAGAUGACAGCAUAUACGUCAUUUUGAAACCUGCAGCAAACGAUUUAAGCACAGCUGCACUUCAGGAAGGCACUGGGAGCGCAGUGCUUUGGGCUGUCAUGUGAUCUUAACCCUGCACAUCGUAUCAGCCUGUUAGUAGACUCCUGCAUUGCAUAUUGAGAUCCAGUAGUUAGUUGUUGUUUUCCUUUUGUUUGGUCAAAAUAUUAAAAAGAAUGCAAAAAAGCAAAAGUAAGAUUUUUAAAAGUUGCUAAAUCAUCACAAGAGACAUGCAGACGAAACCAAAAUAAUGAUGAAAAGAGUGAACUUUGGGAGCAAAGUAUCCACAUUUAACAUUCAUGUAUCAUCUGAUCAAGACAGAACCCACAAUAUUAUUCAAAAUGCUUUUUAAAAAAACAAACAAAAAAAAAACAAGAUUUCAAAAAUGUGGGAGAUGAAUUUCAGAUUCCAGGAUUGGGUAAACGUCUUGAGGAUCCAGUUAGUGUGACCAGAAUCAACAUGAGACUGGAUGCUGGGUAAAUCUAGUCAGGCACAUUUGAGCUUCCACAUAUAGACGAUUGUCAAAUCUGAUAACUGUUCAUUGUACAAGAUAUUGGUUUGUUUCCCUCAAAGUAUCACUCUUUAAUUGCCGUCAGAUCCUCAGCGAUGCGGAGGGUGUUCAGGUGUUUUCAUGUGAAAGAGAACACCACUACAUGCCCUUAGCUAUGCCUAUAUGUGAUGUUAAAAGUACCUGAUUCAUGAUUACAAGAAAGCAAGUCCCACGGGCAGCUUAUUAGUGAAUAUGUACACGUAUAUAUAUAUAUAUAUAUAUAUAUAUAUAUAUAUAUAUAUAUAUAUUUAACUGCUUAAUAACUUGCAUUCUAUUUGUUUUUCCUUUUUGUUCCUCAGGGUGAAAUGAAGCUUUAGAAUCCUGUAACUUACGAAGCACAGCAAUAAUGAAUUGGUUCCUUUACAGCCUCACGGGCAGGUUGACGCUUAUUUCAGUCCUGCUCGUGAUUCCUGAAGACAAACAUUUUAUACUGAGACUGUUUCUAUUCUGUUCAUGUUUUUGGGUCUGUGCUCUCCUUUCAGCAGGCGUUUUGCACUGAAAAUUAUGACGUUUUUUUUUCUUCUUUUUCCUUUUCGAUUCAUUAUUUGCCUUUUUUAAUAGCUGCCUGUAAAUGCCACUGUAUAUACUGCAUUUUUUUGUAAAGAAAAUGAUCCAGAGGUUUGUGUGCUGCAAACAGAAUUGGAGGUUGGCACUGUGAUGUGCAUCUCCAUCAAUAACUAAAGUAAAUAUGUAAUUAAUGAGAGUUUCAAUUUGCAUUUGUUGCUUACUUGGUGAACACAGUUGAGCACAAUAUAAAGAGCUCAGUGAUUAA